AUGGCAGAAGCAACAAAGAGGUAUGCAGUUGUCACAGGGGCUAAUAAAGGGGUUGGAUUUGGCACAGUUAAGCAGUUGGCUUCAAAUGGGGUCACUGUGAAGGCUGAAGAAAUCGAUUGGAGUACAAUAUCGACAACACCAAACUACGAGUUAGCAGAGGAAUGCUUGAAAACAAACUACUAUGGUACAAAAAGUGUGACUGCAGCACUUUUGCCCCUCCUUCAGCUAUCCAAUUCACCAAGAAUCGUUAAUGUUUCUUCAGGAGCUUCUAAGCUAACGAAUUUUCCAAAUGCAUGGGCUAAGGAGGUACCAAGUGAUGCUGAGAGCCUUACAGAAGAGAGAAUAGAUGCUGUGGUUAGUGGGUUUUUGGAAGACUUUAAACAAGGUUCUCUAGAUUCCAAAAGCUGGCCUCCUAUCUUUCCACCCUAUUCAGUCUCAAAAGCAGCCGUGAAUGCAUACACUAGGAUUCUGGCCAACAGGUAUCCAAGUUUCUGCAUCAAUGCUGUCAGCCCUGGAUUUGUCAAAACAGAUUUGAGCUUCAAUACCGGCAUCUUAACUAUCGACGAAGGUGCUGAAAGCCUCGUCAGGUUGGCGCUGCUCCCCAGUGGUGGUCCUACGGGCCAUUACUUUAGCCGAAAAGAAGUGACACCUUUUUGAAUUUUCAUAGAUGAUCACAGGGGCCCUUCAUAUGUUUCAUG